UUGAGCUUCAAUAUUAAUCUUUCGAAAUAAGACAAUAGCUGCUCCCUUGUGUGUCACAUGACUGUCAUGUGACCGAAUUUUCUGUCAAAUAGCUACUGGUAAUAAUAUCGGUAUGGAGGAUAGUGGAAAGGAAAACGAUAAACUUUCGUGGAUAAAACAACAACUGGAAAUCAGAGAAGUAUCAACAGAUGAACUUUACAGGAUAUUUACACUUGAAUCUGAGAGUUACCCUGACGAUGAAGCGGCUAGCUAUGACAUGCUGGUGUACAGACAUUCGGAGGCCCCAGAUCUUACCAUUGCAGCAUACCAGCAUACAGACAUCAUCGGGUUUAUAUGCGCAACUCGUUACCACGGGAAGAAGCUGAAUGAAGAGGCAAUGCACAUGCAUAUUCCAAAUGGAGAAAGCGUCUGCAUUCAUUCCGUGGUGGUUCGAAAAGACCAAAGGAGACAGGGUAUCGCUCUAUGCUUGCUGGACGAGUUUGUUUCUCGGGUCUUCCGGGAUCAGAGGGACGUCUCCCGCAUUCUGCUGAUCUGUAAAUCAAACCUCAUUCCCCUCUACACCCGAGCAGGCUUCACACUUAACGGGAAGUCAGCAGUCAUUCAUGGUAAAGAUCCUUGGUACGAAAUGCAGAUAGAAAUUCAAAGAUGAUGCUGACACACCGCCUAUUAUUUAGUUAUUUUUAAAUACCGUACUAAAAAGUGUUCUUUAUUGGUACUGCAACAGUUAUAUUGUAAGUAAAGUCCGUUAAUGUGUGAUGUUUUACAAAUGCAAAAACAUUUAUAAUCGAUGAAUAGUAAUGCAGUUUGACAUGUAUUUGUCUUUCCAUGCUUCCUGCGAAAGGUUGAACUUUUUCGUAACAAAAUAAAAGCAGCACAAGAUGAUGCCACGUCGUACAACAACUCCACGCUACGCUUACUUCCCUUUGUGGUACAGUAAUCGCAAACUCGGCGCAUUGUUACUUCCCAUACAGCAUUCGGAGCUCCUCGGCCAUUAUUUUCAAAAACAACCUCGGAUGUAUGCCGGUACAUCUGUUGAAGUAGUCCGUAUUUUUUUUUAAUAAAAGCAUUAAUUAAAUGUAGUGUUUAAGAGUUGUAUUCAUUGCUCUCAGUUUAAAUUAAUUGCCAGUGAAGUGUAUUAUUGCAAACAUAAUUACGAUUCCCACGAGUUAAGUCAUAAAUUUUAACUACUAAAUAAGAUUACUACGCGAUCUAUUUUCAGCGGACUUAAACGUACCACUUUUAAAGUAUGUAAACCGUCCAUAUACAUCCGAGGUUGUUUUUGAAAAAAUGGAUCAUCAUGGAUAUUUAUCAUGUGAUAAAUAGAUACAGAUUGUAAGUUAUCUUUGAUUUUGAGAGACUUGUUUUCGUAGUUCAACCUCCAUUCACCUUAAAAUGUUAUAACAAUUAUGGUUGAAAACCAGCCAUCGUUAGUACAUGUUUGCAGAGAAUUACUCUACUGGUCAAGGGAGGUCACUGCGUAGGCGAUUGGUUGCAUAGGGAAUAAAACGGUGACGCAGAAAAAUAUCCGUUAUAUUUUUGUUGCAGUUUUUUAAACCAAUCGAUUGACAUAUAAAUAAGAAUUGUUUAUACAUGUUUUCAUCAUUAGUAAUACUUUAGUAAAGAUUUAUUUCAUCUAUAGCCUAAUUGGGUGCAAUUCAUAUGCAAUAUCGUAUUUCGUUGUUUUAGUACAUAUCAAGGUAUACAUUUGUAUGUUAACCUUUAUGUGUUAACUUUUGUUUUGCAUUGUUAUUUUACACAUUAUAUGUUAUCAUUCAUUUUAUGUUACAUGCAUAUUGUAAAACUCAGUUAUA